AUGAACACGCUCCUCCAUCGAGCUAUCAGCACGGCCCCGGAGAUCGACAGGAUUGUCGAGGUAACUCGGCAGUCACCUUUCACGCAACGGAUAACGCGGGCUGCCGUGCCGAAUGUCAAGCUGAAACUUCCGAUCUACCAAGGAGACAAAGAUCCGGUCCAGUUCAUGACAUCCUUCAUGGCAACUAUGUCAAAAGCACGAUUCACCGACGAACAGAGGGACGCCGGUUGCUGUCAGCUAUUCGUCGAUAGCGUUUCCGGCCCUGGCUUGGUAUGGUUCAUGAGGCUCGAGCCAAACUCAAUCGACAACUUCGAUCAAUUAUCCAAGGCUUUCCUCAAGAACUAUCGAAUCCUCAUCGAACGAGGCGUGACAAGUUUGGAUCUCUGGGAGAUGGCUCAGGAACGUGGAGAGCCCAUCGCCAGCUUCUUGAACAGAUUCAAGGAGAAGCUGACAAAGGUCAACGUCCCGGAGGACGCUGCAAUGGCAGCCUUCAGAAAGGGCUUGAUCCCCGGAUCACCGUUACGAAAGGACCUCAACAUCCGGGAACCCAAGGACCUUGACGACGCGCUGCAUCGAGCUUCCAGAUUCGCGCUCGAUGAGGAGGAGGAGGCUCAAAUAGCCGCAAAAACUAAUGACGGACAACCGUCGCAUCCCCCCAAAGCUAAAAACCGGGUCGAACACCACGAACCCCACAAGCACCACGAACCUCAGGAUCAAAAAAAGGCGUCAUCCACGCAGUCUCCAAGAUGGACGAUCAAGAGAAGCAGCCCUCUGACCCGAAGGAACUCUACUGCGAUUUUCACAUGUACCCAGGUCAUUCCACACAAGAGUGCGUCCACCUGA